AAACCUGUUCGGAAAACAUUGACAUGUGCAUUCCCGCGCUUUAAUCGCCAAUCAGAGGCCAGUAUUGCGCUAAGGCUCUGCGUAAGCGCGCGCGUUUAGUUUCUGAACGUUUCGAACCUCAAGUCGGAUAUUGUUUUUUUUUUAAAGUGAAGUUUAUCGUUUAGAAAUAUAGUUUUUUAAAUAUAAAAGUUAUGUGUUUCUUGUGUGGAUUAUACCUGUUUGGUGAAGAAUAAUGAAGCAGAAGAAAACGACGGCGGCAACUGACUCUUCGAUAAAACUUGAAAAGGCACAGUUCCAAUAGGCGCUUAUCAUUGGGUUCCAAAUUUUUUUUCCAAAUGAAAGAGUUUUGGAUGGUAUUUAACUGUUUACCAAUAGAAGAAACUCAUAACUAGGGUGAAAUGAAACCAAGAAGUCUGAGAAGACCAUGCGAAAAUUAGCAAAGUCAUGUUCGGCGGACCAAAAUAAACAGUAUUGGCAAAGCCAGAUCAGCUAAAUAAAGUAGUUUAAAAGCCGGUCAGUUAUUUAUGAAGGUCGAAAAUAUAGCCACGAUGUCAGUCAACAAUGACUUGAGCGAUUCUUCGGAUUCGGCGCCAAAACUGCGGAUGAAGCCAGCGGUCAACAAGAUAUUUUGUUGUAGUGUUACAGCUGCCUCGGGUUUCGUGGCUGCGUAUGCUUUGGUGGCGUACGCGAUAGCCCUAAUCUACGAGAUAGUAUGGGUGGUGGAGUCUCAGAGCGGUUUGCCAGUUCCGUCGGUGCUGCUGAUGAUAUGCUACUGUAUCGUCAUCUCCGCAACCAUCACCCUGGUGCAUGGACUUAUUUCUAAAAACAACACGUACUUAUUGGCUUGGCUGAUUGCAGUUAUCCUAGUCCUAAUACCAGAAUGUGCUCUAGUCUUCUACAUGUCUAUAAGUCAUUGGGGUCUACAAGGCGUAUACGGCGGCGCUGAGCUGGCUUGCUACGUCGCGCGGUUACCAGCCAUAGUAUGCGGGGUUGUGUUGGUGCAAUCUGCAUAUGCGUUGCGGGAAGCAAGGAAAGGCGAAUACGGUAAUCCAGCUGCUGUGAGUGGCAGUGAGUUUGACGCCAGCCACUUUGUGCCGGAUACGCCUAGCGCCUUCACCAAUGAUGGAUUCUUGGCUGACAACGGAAAAACUGGAUCAAUGCCAGAUCUCCGACGUCACUUAGCGUCACGACAAUCCAUGAACAUGGGCUACCCACCAAUAAUGCUGCCCCAACCUCCCCCCGCCUACUGGCAACACCUCGCCGACAGACAAUACGCCGCCAGCCUCCGAGGAUACCCCAAAUCCUUCCCACCCCCACAAAACUUUGGCACAUGGGUCGGUCCUAGAACAGGCCCAUUCUUCGACAACCCUUACAAGAGGAGACAUUCAGUUGUAGGAGCGUUCAACACCGACGAAUACCCUUCAAAAGGUUACGACUUUGAAGACAGGAUGGACUGUAAAAGCGAAAUGGCAUACCCUUACCGACCGUACAUUUACGACCCAAGGAUGUACCCCCCUGACUAUGAUCCGAGGUUCUUCCAAAGUGAUCCAUAUGGAAGCUUAAGGCAUGACCCGUAUCACUUCAGCGGGUCGAGGGAAAGAGUGUACUAUGGGAUAAGGAACAGUCAUAACUCAGUCGGCAACGAGUCUGAUGACUUGACCAAGUAUAAAGACGUUGCCCUCUAAUCUCCGAUUUUUCAAUUACGAAUAUGAAAAUUUCGUCAUCCUAGAUGAAAAAUUGUAUAAAAUAGUCGACUAAGCUUUAUUAUAGUCCAUAUGGCUACGAUUUUUUCGAGAUGUUUCAUGUAUAAAAGUUUAAGUGUUAUUGAUUAAGUAUAAUAAAAUCCUAUAUGAUUGUAUAUUUGAAGUCAAUGAUUGGUGCUAGUUUUACAAUAAGUAUAAAAUUGUGUUUUGUGUUAAAACAUGUUUUCCCAUAAGUAGUUACAUAAUAUAAUAGGUACAUGUAACAAAUAUUUCACGGGCUGUAUCUACAGUUUAAACAAGAAGAAAUAUUACGACCAACUAUUGGGGAAAUCGCAUACUAAGUAGUUAAUUAGGUACGCCCUUAUUAAGCACAAUAAGGACAGAUGUAAUUAUUGUUAUUCGGUAUUUAUAGACAGUAACGUGUAUUGGAUACCAGCAUAGGUUCAGCGUUUCGUCAUUACAAACGAAUUAAAUGAGUAACAAGGGUACUUAGUUAAUAUAGAGCCCAGUAAAAUUGUAUUUAUACAAUUUUCCCGUGUGAGGAGGAACAAAUGUGAGGAGUUUUAUGUCCUCACACUUUUCUUUUUAUAUAAGUAUUAAUUAGACAGAGACGCCCAACGAGUCGCAGGAGCCACUAGAAUCAGGCGGACGCAAGACUCGACCGUGGCGUGUUGAAGUCCUUUCAUGAGACCUAUGUCCAACAGUGGACCUCUAUCGAUUGAAGAUGAUGAUGAUGAUGAUGAUCAGAUAGUUAACCUACUUCUGUAUAUUAAGUUAGUCUUAAGUAGGUACUCUCUACGAAAUUAAGUAUUAAUAGUUUUAGCGUGUUACCUUAAUAACCAAAGGAUUGUAAUUGUUCUAAAUGUAAACAGAAAACUUUCAGUCACUACCUUGAUUAAGAAAUUAUAGUUUUUUUACAACUGA